AUGGAUGUUGAUUUGAGCACAGUUAGUCCAUCGAGGCUAUUUGCUAUGUAUACUUCGAAUCUUAUGUGGUCUUUAUUUUUGACUUCAACUGCAUUACACGCAAUCGCUUUGAUCACAAGUCCUGUGUGAGUUUUUUUAAUGGCUAUUCGAAAAAUUGGUAAUUUUUUUUAAACAGUAAGUAACAACUUUUAGAGUCAAGUAUCAAAAUUCAAAUUGUCUCUGAGACGACCUUUUCCAUAAUUGAUUUAGCUCUGAAAAAAUUCCGAUAAUUAGAACCAGGCUGUAAAAAAUAUUUCCCGAAAAGUUUGCAGAAAAAAUAAUUGAACACAUUAUAACAUAACUGGAAACUCUGAAUUUCGGAAAUUCACCUGGGAAAAUUAUAGUAUUUUUUCUUAGGUGUGCACUUUAUGUAAAAACAAAUUUUUAAUUUUUUGUGCGAGUCUUACAACUCUUGAACUAAUUUUCCCAGAAAUCUUUUGAAAACUCAGAUACUGUUUUUUUUUAAAUUAAAACAUUUCACCUGAUGUUCUUCAAAAAACUCGAAUACAUAUUUCGUCGAUAGAUCGUGUCAAAUGAUUUUUUCGAAAAAUAUGUGUAGGCUAUAAAAACUUGGCAGCUUGUUUUCGAAUAAGUUCUUUGUUUUUCAGACAAGCAGUUUACAAAUGGAUUCGAAGACAAAGCAGUGAUAGUGACACACCUAUUCCAUAUAUUUGUGCAGUUAUUGGGUUAGUUACUACAGUAAUCUUGUCAAUAUUCCUUGAAUGUUUAGAUCAUCAUUAUGGUUACGGUAUUCGAUAUUUUUGCAAGACACAAAACUGAUCCUUUUGCAAACUUAUGCUGUUUCGAUGCAAUCGUUUUUUGUGUUUGCUUUGAUAUUUUUCAGAUCUAAAAAGGUUGGCUAUUUUUUCUUUUUUAAAAUAUUCCAAAAAUUUUCAGAGAAAACUUCUUCGAAUAGUUUCAACAAUUGGAGCUGUAAUGUUUCUUUUAUUUUUAUACAUUGGAAAUAUGAACGAGGAAGAUGGAAAAGAAGUAAGUCUGCGUCUCUUCCUCUCCCAUACUUACUCUUUCAUUUUUCUCUAGUUCACUGGACGCUUUGCAUCUGGCGCACAAAUUGCUGGUUCUCUCGUCUGCCCCUAUCUUAUUGUGAGUGUUUUGUCUACACUAUCGAGAAGUGUUCUCUCGUGUGGGGGUAUAGCUCAGGGGUAGAGCGCUCGCUUCGCAUGUGAGAAGUCUGGGGUUCAAUUCCCCAUACCUCCAAAUCUCUUUUUAUUUUUUUUUUAGUACAAGGCAGUUUCUUCGAAAUGUAUUGAUUUUGUGCCAUUGGCCCCAGUUGUUUUCACAUGGGUUAUGGAAUUUCACGCAAUUGUUUAUAGUAUUGGAAUUGAUGAUUUUUAUAUGCUUUUGGCAAACACGAUUUUUUUCUGCAUGGAUGGAUCACUUUUAUCGAUGUUCUUCAUUUAUCCAACGGAAAAACUCAAAAAAGAAUUGAAAUCGCCAAUUCCUACAAUAACAACGAUGUAA